CGACUCCGGACGACUGGGUGUCGUCGCCAUGAUCGCGGCCCUCUGCCUGUUGGCCAUUUUCGGGUCGAGUCAAGGUCUGGACUCUGCAGAAUUAUCGAGGACCGAAAUCGAGACAUCGAUCGAUAGGACUAUCAAGGAAGUCGAAAGGAAGAUCCAGGAGGACCCGAGUCUCCCAAGGCUGGCCAGAGAUCAGAUUCUCGAUGUUCUGUUCCACGUAGUCGCGAGAGAUGCCGAGAGAGACGAAGCUGAUCGAGUCCCUGAAGAGACCCGAUCGGCAUAUCGGAAAGCUUUGAUGGUAGUUCUUCCUUACAGCGCGAAAGAGAACUCCGAAGAUACCCUGAAGAAGCUCUUCUCGAAGCCUCCCCUGGUCCAGGUGAUCCAGAACAAUUCGAGCAACCAGGUCGGGAAGGAAGAGCUCCUGGACUCCUGGAAGACACCUGGCCAAAAUCAGGAUAACUCCGUAGGCUCUCAAACCGACCACCCGAGUUAUCCUGUUUACAAAGCUGCGGUGGAAAGGUUGCGGGAGUCUCUUCAAAAUCACAAGGAAACAUAUUCCGAGGUGGUCGACUCGUCCCUAGAAAAAGUUGCCGAGAACCAAAGAGGACGGAACCGAGAGCCCGAGAAGUUCAGUUUCGACCUGAGAAGCUUGGAGGACACGUCGACGUCCGAUCAACUGGAUGAAAAUGUUCAGGAUAACGUCCCGGAGAGCUCCAAGCUGGAAAUCGUGUACAGUACUGGAGGCACCACGGAAUCUACCCUGAAGAGCACCGCGGAGAAGAACAAACGACCGAUCGAUUUAGCUACUUGGAAGCAAAUGGUGUCUAAUAAUGAUGCAAGGUCUAAGUUGAAACACGAGCGACCGUCGCCGGUCUAUGUUGCUCCCAUGAUCCUGACCACGGCUACCACAUCUUCAGCAAAGCCGAAGUACGGCUCCACCUACACAAUAGCAUCCGGUGGAUUCUUGAACGCCUCGACGACGUCUUCGCCGAUCAGCGACGAGGUCGAAGGCAUCUUGACUUCCAUUGGGAUUCGCUCGGAGAACGCCUUGAAGAGUGGAGAAAAAGGCUACCUGCGAGUUAGCGACAUAUCGCCUAAUGGAGUUUCGGGACUGGUUGCGAGCGGGGGAACUUCAUCUUCUUUAGGGAGCCAGAAUACCUUCGGGGACUUUCCCUCGGACUUCAGGAAGGGAAUGGACAACCUGACCCCUGAAGUGCAGCAGCUCUUCCAGAAGUUCGGGCUGCAGGCCGCGGAGAAGUGGAGGGAAGCUUCGACGACCUGGAGGCCACCUACGGUGAAAGUCAGUCAGAAUUCGUACACUAACUUCAAGCCACUGCCUACAGCUCCGGUGAACAACAAAGACAUGAGGGAUUUCCUGGCGAAGUUUGGCCUCGGGGGCGAGAUCCGAGGUCAGAAGUCGAUAGACUCGAAGAGGUCCAAAGAUGGGCCUUCUCCGCUGGCGGACGCGGUUCCGGCGACCAUGAAGAGGAUCUUGGAGAACAUCGGUCUGAUCGCGCGGACGAAGGCGGAACCGACCGCAAAGAGCGUGGACCAUUUUGCAUCCACGGAAAGGAGUCCUGAGGUGUCCGCGACGUCCAAGUUGCACGUCUUCAAGCCUCAUGAGGCGUCCUUGAGCGACGAGGAGCAGAAGUCGAAGAUCCACGAGCUCCUAGACACGGUGAGGCUGGUCCAGGAGGGCAAGGUGGAGGCCACCGAGGUUCAAAAACUCGCCGAUAGAAUUCUGAGCUCGUCCAAAUCUCUGUCGGGUGGUCCCGAUCCUCUGAGCCUUGAAGAGAUCUUGAGAAAUUACAGGGAUGGUCUUAGGAAGGAGGUCAAGAGGCAACAAGAGGACCUCACCACGCAGCAGCCGGAGAAGAACCAACAGCAGGAUCAGGAGGGUGAACAGGAUCAGCAGGACCAGCGGGACCAGCAAUCCGAUGGAACCGGUACCGAAGACGAGCCGACCUUGACCUCGACUGCUGCAACCGAGACAACCUCGGCCAACACCACGGAGACCAGCUCGCCGUCUUCGAGGAAUCUUGAAGCGACCUCGACUGCUUCGACCGCUGCCGAAGAGACCACAAAGGCGAACGCAGAGGUCGUGGAAGAAACCUCCUCGAUGAGUGUCCUCCAGGAUGCGCCGUCCACCACUUCCAGUCCAUUUAAUCUCGCCGGCCUUGAGGAAUCCUUCGGAGGAAGCACCAGAGCACCGGACCCCGUUUUGCCGACUCCUCGUAGGAGCGGUCUUUAUUUCUUGGUCGACUGGAACACCUUCUUAGAGGUCGGCGAGGAGGGCAAGGAUAAGGUCAACCUGAGGUUCCAGCCGAAGGUUGGCGACAGGUCCAGAUUCAUAUCCGUCACUGUCCCUUGAAAUGAAAAAAUCCCUCCUCGCUGGCGAAUCAUCCGUGAUGAAAUUUGAUCCUUCGUCCUUUUCGUCUGGUCCGAAAAGGACGGGACUUCGUGAAUCUGAAUUCGCGUGGCGUAUUUUUUUACUUUUUAUACCCUUACGACGAGAGAACGUAUCCUCUCCGAACGAGUUUACAGAUACUUAUUGAUUAUUGUAAUUAGCAGUUAUUUAGUCAAUAUUAGUCAGUCGAUUGUAAAUGCAUUACAACUAAAGUGCAACGAGUUAGGUCGCUGCGGUUUACUUGAAAUAAGGAAAUAAAUCCUUUUUUAUACA